AUGGCCACCCUCCUCCUCCCGCUCCUCCUCCUCCUCCUCCUCCUCCUCCUCCUCUUCCUCCCCCUCUACCUAAUCUACAAACCCCCCUCCCCGCUCAUCCGCCACCUCUCCCACCGCUGGACCGACGUGCUCUUCCGCAUCUGGCUGCCGCCCACGAAGCCCCUCGUCGCCCUCACCAUCGACGACGCCCCCUCCGACCACACCCCCGCCAUCCUCGCCGCGCUCGCCGCCGCCGGCGCCCGCGCCACCUUCUUCGUCAUCGGCUCCCAGGUCGCCGGCCGCGAGCAAGUCCUGCGCGACAUCCUGCGCGGUGGGCACGAGCUCGCCAACCACGGCAUGCACGACGAGCCCGCCGCCCGCCUGGGAACCGCCGAGCUCGAGGACCAGCUCGUGCGCGUCCAGGCGCUGAUCGACGCCGCAUAUGUUGCCGAGGGCAGGGAGCCGCCGCCUGCGGGCAGGAGGCGGUACUAUCGGCCCGGGUCGGGGUUUUUCAGUGAAAGGAUACGGGGGGUGGCAAGGCGGCUGGGGUAUCGGGUUGUGCUAGGGAGUAUCUACCCGCAUGACGCGCAGAUUGGGUGGCCGGGGGUGAAUGCGCGGCAUGUGUUGAGCAUGCUGCACGCCGGGGGGAUUAUUAUCUGCCAUGAUCGGAGGUCGUGGACGGAGCCGAUGCUGAGGACGGUGUUACCGGAGACGAAGAGGCGCGGGUAUCAGGCAGUGACGCUGACGGAGUUGUUGAAGGAGGUUACGGGGUGA